ACACUUUGUGAAUUAAUAUAUCGUUUGCACAGAGGCCACGCUAAUUCUUCCCUGGCCAAUUCCAGUUUUAGUACAUGUACCCAUGAAGGGAGCAUUAGAAUUUCCAACGUAGCACACAGUGAUGAGCCACUCAUGUUGGCUACAUAAACCUUAUGGAAGAAACAUUGAAUUAAAUGAAAGGAAAGGCUGCUAAGCUAACUGUUUUUAUUCUCUUUUCAGAUUCUCAAAGUUCAUUUCCGCAAGUUGUAUCUCCAGAGAAAAUUGAAGAUGGAACAAGCUCCGACGAACAGAUAUCCUAUGUUAUUCCAAUAAACAAGAAGCGGUACACUGUGCACCUCCAGAAAAGAUAUUUUUUAGCAGAUCAUUUUAUGGUUUAUUUGUAUAAUCAAGGAUCUAUGAGUUCUCAUUCUUCAGACAUCCCGGAUCAGUGCUACUAUGAAGGACACAUCAAAGGCUACCCGAACUCCGUUGCCACCCUCAGCACGUGCUCCGGACUGAGAGGAAUCCUGCAGUUUGAAAAUGUGUCUUAUGGAAUCGAGCCCCUGGAAUCUUCGAGUACACUCCAGCAUAUUGUUUAUAAAUUAGGGAACAGAGAGAAUGAAUUAACAAUUUUUAACAAAAAUAGAAGAAACUUAGAGAUGCCAAUGAACUAUGACAUUUUUGUCAACAAAAAACCAGAAUCAUCUUUAAGAAGCUCAUUUCCCCUUUAUCUCGAGAUGACUGUUGUGGUGGACAAAACUUUGUAUGAUUACUUGGGCUUUGACAGCAUGAUUGUAACAAAUAAAAUCAUCGAAAUUAUCAGCCUUAUGAAUUCAGUGUUUACCCAGCUCAAUGUGACAAUUGUGUUGUCCUCGUUGGAGCUGUGGUCAGAUAAAAACAAGAUCUCUACAGUUGGCGAAGCAGAUGAAUUACUGCGUAGAUUCUUAGAAUGGAAGCAAUCUUACCUUACCCUAAGACCUCAUGAUAUUGCAUACUUAUUCAUUUACAACGAGUACCCGAAUUACAUGGGAGCAACGUAUCCUGGGAAGAUGUGUACUGCCCACUACUCUGCAGGAAUCACAAUGUAUCCCAAGAACAUGACUUUGGAGACAUUUUCAGUCAUCGUCACCCAGAUGCUGGGGCUCAGCCUGGGAAUAUCAUACGACGACCCAGUGAAGUGCCACUGCUCAGAAUCCAUCUGUGCCAUGAAUCCAAGAGCUAUGCAACAUUCGGGUAUGAAGACAUUUAGCAAUUGCAGCUUGAGUGACUUUGAACAUUUUAAAGCGACCAUUGGUGCCAAAUGUCUUCAGAAUAAGCCACAGAUGCAAAGGAGUCCAAGACCAGUCUGUGGAAACGGUGUAGUGGAGGGAGAUGAGACUUGUGACUGUGGCUCCGAAGAGCAAUGCAAGCCUGACAACUGCUGUGAACGUACAACUUGUGUUCUAAAACAAGGAAGUGUUUGUGACAGUAAGUCUCCCUCACAGACUUGCUGCAGAGGUUGUCAAUUUUUGCCAGAUACCCAUGAAUGUAGACCCCCACAUCAUCCAGUCUGUGACAUCUCUGAAUUCUGCAAUGGGAGCGCAGGACAGUGUCCACCUGAUAUCACUAUACACGAUGGACAUACUUGCAGAGAUGGGGGGUUUAUCUGUUAUAAAGGAACCUGUCCUGACCUGGAUAAACGGUGUGAGGAGAUAUAUGGAAAAGGUUCAAGAAAUGCUCCCUUUUCCUGCUAUGAAGAAAUCCAGGGUCAAACUGAUAGAUUUGGCAACUGUGGUAAAGACCGGCAAAACAGAUACAUAUUCUGUGGAUGGAGGAAUCUCAUAUGUGGGAGGUUAAUUUGUACUUACCCUAGCCGAGUUCCUUAUUAUCCACCCAAUAAUAGCACUGCUUCUGUGAUCUAUGCUUUUGUGCGAGAUGAAGUGUGUAUAGCUGUGGACUUCGGGUCGAGUGUCAAAGACGAUCCACUCCAGAUCGCCAGUGGCACCGUGUGUGAUCUUGACAGGAUUUGUUUACAUGGCGUGUGUAAAGAGGCAAGAUUUCUUAAGAGUCAGUCGCAAACAUGUGCAACCAAGUGCAAUGGAAACGGGGUGUGCAAUUCCCUUGGUGAAUGCAAUUGUACUGGUGGCUACCUACUUCCAAACUGUGAAACACGAGCGAGAUCGUCCUUGUGGGGUGACAAGAAUGGUCUGAUCAUGGAAGGAGCUUCCAGGGAUGCAGAAAGGAUGUGGCUUCUAAGCUUGUACAUUGUUUUAGUUAUUCUUACUUCAACAACCCUAGCAGUCACAGCAUGGAAAGCCUUCAAACAGUGGCUUUUCAAGGAAGAGGAAUCCCUGAGUAGCGAGUAA